AUGAGGUCGCCUCUUCAUCAAAAUCAGCUCACAUUGAUAUUGGGACUUUUCCAGGCAGCAUUCCUGGUUACAUUUGCUCUAUUUGGAAGUUAUGCUCCAAGUGCUCUUCCAAGUAAUGGCAAAGAUGUGGAGGAGGCCACCAGAAUGACGAAUCUCUAUCCUCUUUUCCAAGACACUCAUGUUAUGAUCUUCAUUGGUUUCGGAUUUUUGAUGACCUUCCUCAAAAGAUAUGGAUUCUCGGCUGUUUCUAUCAACAUGCUCUUGGCUGUAUUCACCAUUCAAUGGGGAAUCAUUGUUCGUGGAAUGGCUUCUGCUCCUCAUGGAUUUAAAUUCACAAUCUCUUUGGAACAACUUCUCACUGCUGAUUUCGCCGCUGCUGUUAUUCUGAUCUCAAUGGGAGCUAUGCUUGGAAAACUAUCUCCUACCCAAUACGUCAUUAUGGCCUUCUUCGAAACUCCAGUUUCUCUCAUCGUCGAACAUAUCUGUGUCCACAAUCUUCAGAUCAACGACGUCGGAGGAUCCAUCAUUGUGCAUGCCUUCGGAGCCUACUUCGGACUUGCUUGCGCUAAAGGAUUCGGAAAGAAGGAACAACGUGGACAUCAAAACGAGGGAUCCACCUAUCACACUGACAUCUUCGCUAUGAUCGGAGCUAUCUUCCUCUGGAUCUAUUGGCCAUCGUUCAACGCUGCCGUCGCUGCUACUGAUGAUGCACGUCAAAGAGCUGUUGCCAACACUUUCCUAUCUUUGUGUGCCUGUACGAUGACAACUUUCUUGGUUUCUCAAGCUGUCGACAAACAUAAGCGUUUCGAUAUGGUCCACAUUGCCAAUUCGACUCUUGCGGGAGGAGUUGCCAUUGGAACCACAGCCAAUGUUGUUCUUGAGCCAUUCCACGCUAUGAUUGUUGGAGUUAUCGCUGGAGCUGUCUCAGUCAUUGGAUACAAAUACAUUACUCCAUUCCUGUCCGAGAAACUCGGAAUCCAUGAUACUUGCGGAGUCAACAAUCUUCACGGAAUGCCUGGACUUAUUGCUGGAUUUGCUUCCAUUGCUUUCUUAUUCAUCUACGACGAGUCUCAAUACCCAGCUCAAUACGACAAGAUCUACCCUGGAAUGGCUCGUAGCGAAGAUGGAAAGAGAAUGUUCGAUGAAAAGACUCAAGCUCUCAACCAACUUAUGGCUAUCGGUCUCGUAUUUUUGGCAUCCUCAGUUUCUGGAUACAUUACCGGGCUCCUCUUGAAAUUGAAGAUUUGGGAUCAAGUUCGUGAUGAGGAAUACUACGCCGAUGGAGAUUAUUUCGAGACUCCGGGAGACUACGAUUUCACUUCUAGAAUCGUCACAUCUGUCCAGAAGAUCGAAGUAGCCGAAUAUAAUCCACUCAGCCAAAAGGAAGUAUAA